CCCUCUGUUACCGUGGCAAUGUUUGGGCCUCUAGGCUGGCUGUCAGCUGAUGGGGCGGGCAGUUGACCGAUGAACUGAUAUUAAUAAUUUGAGGAAAACAUGGCAGCCGAGAAGAACUUGCCCGUUCAGCUGUAUGGGACAUCUUCCUUAUGUUUUGACAAAGAUGAUUUUAUGAAGAAUGAUUUCUCUGUUGACAACUUUGUGCGUAUUCACCAAGCAGCAGGCAGUGGUGGCCUGGAAACAUUACGUGAUGAUCUAGGAGUCUAUCUUAAGAUCCUGCGAAAUGCAAUGAUUGAACUUAUAAACCGUGAUUAUGCUGACUUUGUCAACCUGUCAACAAACCUUACAGGUUUAGACAGGCUAAUUGAAGCACUGAAGACUCCAUUGGGACAACUUAGAGAAGAGGUUCUGAGCGUGGAGAAGUUAUUAGAUGAUGCCAUUUCAACCACAUCAAAAGACUUGGAGAGAAGACAGACCUUAAUCAAACAAAAAGCCUUACUACACAGACUUACACAAAUAUCAAACAGGUUGGAGACAUUAGAGACCCUGUUGCAGUGUGGUGGAAGGGAUGCAAGAGAUAGUGUAUGUGGAGAUAUUGACUCCUGCGAGGACUCUGGCCCUGGGGAGGGUGAUCUCGUAGAUCGUUUAGCUGCUGAAGUUAACCAUCUUAACUUCUUGGUGUCUCACAGUGAGGGAGCAGCUCUUCUUGAUGUUUGCAAACCAAGAGUUGCUGAGGUGUGCCAGUUUGUGGAACACGGCUUAGAACGAGGCCUUCGUGAGGGAGUCUUUAAUAAAGAUUUACCAGUGCUGAAGCAGACAUUACACACUUAUGCAAGUCUUGGCAGUGUAAACCAUGCACACCAGCUUGUCAGGGAACUCAUUAGAAAAGAACUGGAAGAUGUGAUCAGUGAACCAGCUCUACGCUCAGACCCCCGGGGGCUCCCUGGCAUGUACUCUAACACCUUAGCAGCUGUCAAUAAUGUGUGUCAACCUCUUCUCUCAGUCACCACAGGUCAUGGAUCGGAUGUAGUAAGAGGUUACAGCUUUUUGGAACGCUCUGCAUGGCCUGAAAUUGUUACAGCUCUGGAGACGGGCACUCAGCAUAUUUUCAAUCCAGGGAACCCAGCCACAUUUCAUCAAAGAUAUCUAGAAACAACAGAAUUCUUGGAGUCAUUUGAAAAACUGCUUGGCUCAAAAGCCAAAAUUAUGGUUUUUCGUGAAAUGAUUGAGUACAAGAGCUUCAUGGAGCACUGGAACCUUCCAGUUUACUUCCAGAUAAGAUAUCAAGAAAUUGGACAGGUAGCAGAAUGCAGCUUAAGCCAGGAUAAUGAUGGUUAUGCUCAAGUGGGAACAAACACCAGUGGGGAGUUUGUUUUUUUGUCUUCCCAAACUAUAUGGGAGAGCCUUUUGAAAUGUUUCACACCAGAAGUAUUUCUUCCACCUCUGCUUCAUCGAUUUUGGAAGCUUACACUGCUUAUCUUGUCCCGCUACCGCACUUGGAUAACCAUCACAACAGAGAAACUGAAGAAACAAACAACACAGCCCACCAAGGAAAAUCUCUCCAUUUCAAAACAACGUGAGCCAUUGAAUCCUGGUGGUGAAAAAUUUUCAAGCAAGUCAGGAGACAAAUCACAAACACAGUCAAGCUAUACUAGAGAUACUGCAGUUGGUCUAGUUCAUGAUGUCCAAAAAAUGGCACAAAAGCUCCCUUUUCUGUACGCUGAGUCAAUUGAACCACUUGUACCUCACCUUCCACCUGACAAAUUGUCUCUUAUAAAGGUUGAACUAAAUGAGCAGAGUAAUAAGCUAUCCGAUCAGAUGAGUGGUCUUAGUGACGUGAUAAUCCAGGAUUUGAUUGGAGCAGCAAGUGGAUCAUUGCGUCAAGUGGCAGAUACACCUCGACUCUACCGACGUACCAACCGAGCUCCUCCCACAUCACAUCAACCAUAUAUAGCAGCUGCAGCAACAACAUUAUCAAAUUUCUCAAAUGAUAACAUAAGAAAAAUUGACUCUCAACAAAUGGUACUUUGGCUAACUCAAGUGUGCACUGAAGUAUCUGAACAAUAUAGAGCGUUGACGUAUGAUGUUCUUAGUUCUGUGCACAAAAUGGAAGAAAGUCUGAAGAGGUUGAAGCGUGCAAGGGACAGAGGAGCUCAAGGUGGUGCUGAAGUUAGUGGUGGUCUUUCAGAUGACGACAAGAUUCGUAUUCAAAUUUGCCUUGAUGUGGAGUACUUUGGAAGUCAGAUAAGGGCCCUCUCCAUUGACAGUAACUCAGUUGAGUCCUUCAUCAGUCUUCUUACAAUGGUUCAGAAUGCCCGGGAUGGUAAGUUUGCACCUUGAAGAAAUAGUGAAUUAGGGUGAGCAGUCUAUAGGUAUUACUUAGACAGCAGGGCAAAUAUAGUCCUUCCCAGGUUUUCUUUAUGGCCUACAGUCUUUCAUUAAUGGCCUAUGAGAUCCAAGCACCCUUAAAAACUGAAGAAAGAGCCCAUCUGUAUCUUGGAUUACAAUAAUUUAUGAGCAGGACAAAUCAUUCAUCUAAAUAAUGCAGUUACUACAAACUAGCUCUUCACUGUCACACCAGGAACUUUGGAAGAUAUCCAGCAGUUUGGUGGUUGUUUAUAUGGAUAGUAAUGUAUCUCAGUCCAGAGUUAAACUUUCACUUCCACCUCAUUAACUCUUGAACCAUAAAGGUGGACUUAAGAGCUUUAGCUCAUAGACCAAGCAACCCACACAGCCAUGUUGGCUGCUUACAUAGCCAGCACUGCUUCUGGCUGUUAGAUUGAAGUGAUAAGUGUCAUUUAUAAAUUAUUAUAGAUACUGUGCAAGUAUACCUUGGUUAACAUACAGUAUUAUGUUUCUUAAAAAAGGAUCAUGAUAAAUGAGCAACACGUUAUUUGUAAUUAAUACAAUUAAAGCUCAGAAAUCCAACAUCUUAGGACCAAGCAGUGUGUGAACUUCUAAACUUUACAUACAUUUGAGCACUGUGGAGCCCUGCUUGUGGUUGUGCAUAAAAAAUAGCUUUUAAUUUAAUUACUGUAUGUAAUUAAUGAAAACUCAAGGAUGGAUAACAUAAUACAUCAUCGAAAAUGAUGCAUACUACUAUGUCCAAGUCUUUCUUUUUUUAGAGAACCUUCAAUAUUUUGCUAAACACAACCAGCUUACUGUAUAGAAAGGUAAUUUUAAAAAAUUUCCGAGAUUGUGUCAUUACUGCAUCCUCCACUUAUCAUUACCAUCAUUGGAAUUGUAGGUACAGGUAAAGGAUAAUUUAAUUUAUGUACACUAAAUUUUUAUUUGUAACUGUGUGAUAUUGUAUUUAUUAUAAUUUUUAUUUGUUUAUAUGAUUUCUUUGUGUUAUGAUAAUUAUCAUGUAUUACAAUGCUUAUUUAAACAUUAUUUGAAGGUAGUUCUAUGGAUAACAAAAAUAGUAUUCUUAAAGACCUUAAAGCCACAAAUGAAGAAAUUAAAUUUGAAAUCUCAUUUCAUUGUUGAGGCCCAAAGUGAGUGUCCAGAAUUCUCUCCUUCAUGUUGGGGGUUAGACUCUGAAAUGGCUAGGUCUGGGGACUGGAGUUCUUAAGCCCACUAGAAUGGUUUGGGGAUUAAUGAGUUACAUUGGGUUAUAUGAGUGUAACUUGUCUAAGGUGCUACACUGGCCAUACAAAAGCAACCGCCACAAUGUUGGAUACCUUCAUUGUUGGUUUGGAAGGGUGGAGAGCUACUCUGCAGCAGUUGCAUUGUCUCACAAGUUACACACCAAAGGUAGAGAAAAUACAUUACGAUAAUAAACUUUCAAAUGUUUCACCCUCUUCAUCAAAAUAAAUGAUUUUUUUAUCAACACAAUGUCUUUACUCAUAUUAGCAUGUCAUAGGUAAUUUGUUGCAUUCAUGUGCUUGAAUUCUUUUUUGGUUUUUGAACAAUCUUGGUAGACAACAAAUUUUAGGUUGUUAUCGAUUAAAUUAUUUUGCAACUGAUUGGUGUAUAGUAUCUGCCUCUCCAUAUUUGUAUAUUAAAAGAAUUCUUUCCUCUUGUGUUAAUUUUUCUGCCAUCUUCAUUGAUUUGUUAUGGUAUGUUACUUAUGAGACACCCUGUACAUUUGUAUCCAUUUGACGAGCUCUCAGAAGGUGUUCAGUGGGUUGGGAUUUCAUAAAUAAUUUAUCUCAGCCUUUGUCAUAAAAUAUAAUUUCAUAAGUCCCCCAAUCCUGCACUUAAAUGUGUGUAUUUGUGUAACACCAAUGGCCAGAAUAUGAUUAGUAUUUUUGGAAAUAGGUUUCUAUACUUUUGGCUGUAAAUUUUUAGUUUAGCGAAUUCUUUCUAAAAAUAUUAUUUCUAUUGCUGUUCUGCAGUGCUCAUUCAUAUGGCUGUACUAAGGUAGUAAUGUAAUUUUAAAAUAAAGGUUUUGACAAAAAUUU